AUGGAAGAGGUGAAAUUUCCAAAGGCCUUAACAAGAAAAUCUUCCAGCCAGAUUAAUUCCGUGUCGACAGAAAAGUUAGCCAAUAAGGAUUUUUACAAAUAUCUUACUCACGCAAUACUUGAUUUGUGUUUUGUCGUUAACAAGCUCAGCCAAUUUCUUUCAGCACUUACAACUGCUCAUUGGCGUGCAACUAAGCAUGUUCUAAGGUAUCUUAAGGGUACUCUACACCAUUGCAUUCAUAUCAAACAUUCAACUGGCCUCACUCUUACUGGUUUCUCGGAUGCUGAUUGGGCUUGUUGCCCAGAUGAUCGAAAGAGUGUAGCUGGGUACUGUGUUUAUCUUGGACAUACAUUAGUUUCUGGGUCGUCAAAGAAACAAGUUGUUGUCUCUCAUUCUAGUACUAAGCCUGAAUAUCGCUCAUUUGCUCAUGUUGUUGCCAAAAUUUCUUAG